GGAGCUGGUGCAGGUGUUCCAGGACAUCUCCGAGGACCCCUCGUGCCGCGCCGUCGUCAUCUCCGGGGCCGGGAGCGCCUUCACGCCGGUGGGGAUCGACCUGGCCGACCUGGGCUCGCUGCUGGCUCAGCUCCCCGAUGGCGACACCGCCCGGCGGGCCUGGGCCCUGCGCCGGCGCAUCCUGGACUUCCAGGAGAGCUUCUCGGCCAUGGAGAGGUGCCCCAAGCCCGUGAUCGCCGCCGUGCACGGAGCCUGCAUCGGAGCCGGUGUGGAUCUGAUCUCGGCCUGUGACAUUCGCUUCUGCUCCCAGGACGCCUCGUUCCAGGUCAAGGAGGUGGACAUGGGGCUGGCGGCCGACGUGGGGACCCUGCAGCGCCUCCCCAAAAUCGUGGGGAGCCAGAGCCUGGUGAACGAGCUGGCGCUCACCGCCCGCGUCAUGCGAGCCCCCGAGGCGCUGAGCUGCGGCCUGGUCAGCCGGGUCCUGCCGGACAAGCAGACGCUGCUGGACGUGGCCCUGGCGGCGGCCUCGGCCAUCGCCGCCCGCAGCCCCGUGGCCGUGCAGGGCACCAAGAUCAACCUGGUGUAUGCCAGGGACCACAGCGUGGGCGAGGGGCUGCAGCACGUGGCCACGUGGAACAUGGCCAUGCUGCAGACCGAGGACAUCCCCAAGUCGGUGCAGGCGGCCCUGGACAAGAAGGGACCCGAGGACGUCCCGUUCGCCAAGCUCUGA